AUGGCCUAUUUUCUGUGUUUUUUCCAGGGCUUAAAACCCUGGAUUGCAGUGUUCUCGAGUUUUCCGGGCCAUGGAGUUUUAUGGAUUUCCAUCACAACUUUUGUUUUGAUCUGCUUGACAACUCUUAUUUUCACUUCCCGGAAACAAAAACCAAGCUUGCUGGUGCAAGAAAAAUCUUCAACCAUUUCAUCAGAAUGUUCAGCUGAUGUUGUUGAAGUUGAAUCAGUGGAAGCAGAAGAUCCGAUCAUACAAAUUAACAAAGAAAGUGAUGACGAAGAGCCUGAUGAUCAUGAAGAAUAUUUGGUUAGAUCAUCACAAGAUCUAUAUUCAGAAAGUGACAUUGCAAGUAUGGAUCAGUACUCAACUUCGAGUGAAGAUUCUGAUCAAACAAAUUACUCGAGACAGAAACGACCGGAUUGCUCGGACGAUUCUAUGUCAGACGAAGAAGGUCUGAUUGAAAUAGCCAUACCAAGUGGGCAAUAUCUUUCUCCAGAAAAAGAUAUGAAGAAGAAAAAGUUAACAGAUUUCUCUCAAGAAGCCAAGUUUCAGAGUAUUCCAUUGGAAUUCUUAGCAGAAAUCAAUGAAAUGAAUGAGGAAGAUAACUUGAUUGAGAUUGACAUUUACAUGGGAUCCAUCAAGUGUUCAAAGUUUGGAAUUUAA